AUGGAUGUCUACAUCCUUUCUGUUGCCCCCCUAUCCCUCCUUAUCCGUGCCCUGAACAGUAGUAAUGCAGUGCUGGUCAAUGUUCCAGGCGGGACGCAGCGAAUCCUGAACUCAAAUAAGCUAAAGGUAGGAGAUAUAUCCACAGUGCUCCUGACCAAUGCACACCCGUAUUUCUUAGAAGGCCUCUCGGGGCUUCUCCAGACCUUAUGCAAUAACGGCCCUCCGGUGACUACUGAUCUACUGACGAGCGACCCCAGUGUUCUUGAUCUUCUAGAAACACUCAACAAUUUUGCACAUACACCAUAUUGGGAUGGACGCACUGUACUGUUUAGUAAGACAUACCAGGACUAUUCCACUGCUUUGUAUGCGAUACGCGCCAUAAUCCUGGAUUCAGAAAUGCCACUCUUAUUCUCCAUAGAGCAUGUUGUGACGAAGCGUAAGUUGGACAAGAAGAAAAUUAAGGAGCUAAGAUUGACCGGUCUUCAAUGCAAGGAGCUGGCAGCUGGAAGCACGGUUGUUCAUGAAGGUGUCCCCAUUAUUCCCGAUGAUGUCUCUGUGCUGGCGACUACCCGUAGCGUUAUCAUUCUAAUGGAUACAUACUAUCCCGAGAAAACAGAGCAAAUACUCUCAGCCGUGUUAGAACUAGUUCAAAAGGAAGGGUCGUUUCUUAUUUGUGCAUCUGAGCGGUACAGGCCUCUGUUAUCAGCGAAAGUGUUGAAGCGGAAUACGUUAGAUAUUGUAUACUGUGCCGACAGCUACACCCUUAAAUCUCCAAAUGAUCCAGGUGUUCUCACGGCAUAUGCAGAUUUUGUUGGUUUGCGCAGAAUUUGGAAUGUACUUGUUCCUCAUGCACUUAUACCUCCUCUCGAAUCGUGUUUGGCCUCAGAAACUCCCAGUCUGACAAGGUUUUUUCUCAGCACUGCUCUAGAGCGAUUUGCUCCGAUUCGGCUUUCUACUUUGCAAGACCUUAUAUCUAGCCUGGAAAUCUAUCCCCAAUACUCUGGUUUGCUUACAGAGACCGAUCCCAGCUUAGCUCCCCUAGCGUGCGUUCACAGUCUAGAUGUUCCAGGGCUAUUACUCUUAGGGACCGGUGCUUCGGUUCCCUCCAAAUAUCGCAACGUGUCUGGUUACCUGGUUGUCACAUCUAGUCGACAUACAGUAUGCAUUGAUCCUGGAGAGGGGACCCUGCAACUAUUGGAAUGGGCGGCCAGGGGCAUAUCGGUUUCAGACUUGGUUGUUAGCUUGUCUUUUAUUGGCAUUACACAUAGUCAUGCUGAUCAUUAUCUUGGAUUAUCCUCGCUGGUUCACCGGUAUUUGCUCGAAGUCAUGCGCCUCACAACUGAAGGUGACACAGAAAAACUACAUCCUUUGAUUAUAUUGGCGGGAUCAACAGAACUGUCCUUUUUGGAUCACAGUCUUAAGACCCUUGAAAAAUCUUAUCAACAACUAGCAAAUAUGUAUCUGCAAAUAUUACCUAGAGAGGCAACCAACUAUUUAGGAAGACUUACCUCCCUUCCGGAGUUCUUGGAUGGGUGUCAAUCUACUUCUUACUACCUGACAGCUGUACGCGACAUUCAGUUUCUCUGUGUGCCAUCUGAUCAUAUCCCCGGCUCUAUCUCCAUAUUCUUGAGGGACAACUCCUUGCAGAUCGGUAUCGGUAUUAGCGGAGAUACCAGACCCUCUCCGGCCUUCGUUUUUGGGGCGCAAAUGCUUAGAGAGGCUAACACUAGGUUCCUAAUAAUUGUUCAUGAAGCUACUUUUGCUGAUUCUGAGCAGGAUCUUGCUGCACUAAAGGGACACAGUACAAUAGGCCAAGCAGCCGAACAAAUACGAAAAUGUGGAGCAGACGUGGGGAUUUUCACUCACUUUUCACAGCGAUACACAAAGAAUAUUCCAGAAUUGUCCUCUGAUAAGGAUCAGGAGGACAAGGAGGCUCCAAUUGACAGGCCUGUCUGCUUGUACGCAUCUGACAUUAUGUGGCUACCAAUUGAACAGCAUUCAAAUCAUCAUAGUGUGCAUAAUUUACCUGUGUCAAUCCAGCCCUGGACAGAUCUAGCCUCAGUUGUAAAGCAGCUCUAUGUAAUGGCUGACUGUUCCGCUAUCAAUUGA